AUGAAGCACUUAGCAGCCUAUCUUCUACUCAAUCUCGCUGGUAAGACACCAGACGCAAAAGAAAUCAAGAAACUCUUAAAAACGGUUGGUAUCGAAGCGGACGACAACCGUUUGAAAACAAUGUUUUCGGAGUUAGAGGGUAAAGACAUCAAUGAGUUGAUUACCGAAGGAAGUGCUGCAGCCAAAGAGGAAGCUCCUGCCGAAGAAAAGAAAGAUGAGAAAGAAGAUGAAUCGGACGAAGACAUGGGCUUUGGUCUUUUCGAUUGA